AUGUUUUCAAGAUUACUCCCCUCAAUGGGGCGCUCUGUGCUGACGGGGAAGGUCCCCCGGCGAUCAAGCUAUCUCCGGAACAGCGUCUUCGAGGUGGAGCGGAGGAAUUUCUCGAGGAAUUUCCUGCUUCAUGAACAACGCAAUUCAUCUGCAGCGCCUUUUAAUACCCCGGAAUCGCAGAAACGCAAUACCUCUACAAUGUACUAUACCAUCAGUUUGAUCCUUGGAACGGUUGCCCUUGCAUAUGGAUCUGUCCCUCUGUACAAAAUGACCGGUUGGGGCGGUCAGCCCAUUCUCACCCACCGAACCGGCGACGGUGAUACUUCUGCACGUGUGACACCAGUGACAGAUUCUCGUCGUCUACGCAUCACAUUCAACGGCUCAGUAUCGGAUGUUCUCCCUUGGAAGUUCACUCCCCAGCAGCGCGAGGUCCGAGUGCUACCCGGCGAGACGGCGCUGGCAUUCUAUACGGCAACCAAUAAGGGUCCGAAUGAUAUUAUUGGAGUCGCAACAUACAGUGUCACGCCAGGUCAGGUUGCGCCGUACUUUAGCAAGAUUCAAUGUUUCUGCUUUGAGGAGCAGAAGCUCAAUGCGGGAGAGUCGGUCGAUAUGCCUGUUUUCUUCUUCAUUGACCCUGACUUCGCUACCGAUCCUAAUAUGAAGGGUAUUGAUACUAUUACCCUGUCAUAUACAUUCUUCAAAGCGAAAUAUGAUGACAAUGGUGUUCUGACACCAAUCGCAUCAUAA